CAAACCCAAAGUUAGAUAAAGAAAAAAGAAAAAGGCAAAGGCCAUGAAAUCUUUUUCCAUCUUCGUUGUCUUUUUCAUCUUCUUCUUGGUACUUUCCGACGUGCCAGAUAUAGAAGCACAAGGUACCGAGUGCUUGAAAGAAUACGGUGGUAAUGUUGGUUUCGGCUUUUGUGCGCCUCGGAUAUUUCCGACGUUUUGUUAUACAAGAUGCCGUGAGAACAAAGGAGCUAAAGGUGGAAGAUGCCUUUGGGGACAAGGCGGUACUGUAAAGUGCUUAUGCGACUUCUGCGACGAUACACCCCGAUAGUUAGAUCUAAAAUAAUCGUUGAUAAAUGCACAAUGAUUGCAAACUACAGACGCAUCCACCGUAUACUACUUGAAUCUUUUGUUAUGUACUUGUUUCACAAGAUUUAGUAACGUAUCAUGUAAUAAGUGGAUAAUGUGAAUUGUAUAAUGAUGUGAUAAUGCAAUAAUGAAUGUGAAAUAAUAAUUAUACAAUAAUGAGAAGUGUGCGACUUUUGUUUGUACGACUA